AUGGAUGCAUCGGCAUCGGGAACUUGGGUGGUGGUCGGAGCCUCGCGAGGCAUCGGUCUCGAGUUCGUUCGCCAACUCCUCGCACAAGGCAAGCAGGUCAUAGCAGCGGUGCGGGACCCUGGUACGGCCAGCCAGCUAUGGCAGAUCACGGCGUCGCAGUCCCGGCCGGGGAGCUGUCUGAUCGAGCAGUGCGAUGUCACCAGUGAGGCGAGUAUCAAGGCUUUUGCAGACAGGCUCAAGAAGACCGUGGAUAGAGGCAUGAAAAUCAGCAAUGUUGUGCUGAAUGCAGGGGUCCUGCAGUACCCUAAUCGUGCUACAACAAUAACUUACGCCCAAUUCACUCUCCACCUUCACACAAAUACCAUCGGGCCCAUACUGUGCGCUCAAUCACUCCUCAACCUCUCCCCGAUCGGACCGCCAAGCAAGGUGGUGUUCAUUUCCUCGGACUCAGGUUCCGCAACACUUUUCCGCGAUCACGAGGACGGCUUCGGUGCGUACGCAGCCAGCAAAGCAGCAUUGAAUCAGAUGCUGCGGCACAUGGCGGCGGAGCUGAAACGUAUGGGCGGCGCGUGGGAUGAGGUGUGUCUCCUGGCGAUGCAUCCAGGGGAAGUUGCAACGUAA